UGUCCGAUUGUCAUGGAAAUUGUACUUCGGUUGCCCAGCGCAGAGGCCGGAGAGAGAGAGUGAGGGAUUCAGGGAGAGCGCAGGCAGAGAGAGGCUGCAAACUUCAAACCGGUUUUGACCUUCCCCGAAGACAGGGCCAUAAUUCACGCUGACACAAUGUAGAUCCAUCUUCCCCGCGGAAAGAAUGCGUUUCCAGUCCCCCAAACACUUUAACUGGACGGUUAGCAUCGGGGUUUGUGAAAAACAGGACAUCCUCCUGUGCAAGCCGUGAAAAGAGAGAGAGAGAGAGGCACCGGCGACUACUUGGGGGCUGCAGGUAAAAGCAGGCUGCGAGUUCGGGCCAAGGGAAGGAUCAAAUCGCCACACUCUGCUGUACAGGCCCUCUCCCUCUCUUUCUCACUCACGCAGCUCUGCGAGAAGGCAAAAAAUCAGUAUUUGAUGUGAGGGGCUGCUUAGAAAAGGGGAAAAAAAAAGACACAAAAAGAAAAAAAUCCGACAAGUUUGCUACAGGAGAAGAACUGGGAAGUUUUGACACUUGAGAGCAGGUGGAUAAGCUGUGCUCCGGAUAGCAAGGGAACAACUUCGGAGAAGAUUCUUUCCUUUAUCACUUCUCUUCCCCUGUGUACUGGACUUUGGGAAAAGGAUCGGGAAGCAGGACACUAAGAGGAGGGAGAUGGAGAGAUGGGUUCUGCAUCUCUCUGUGGGGAUGGUCCUCCUCGCACUGCUCUGGACCACCACUCACGCCAGCAGAGUCAAUCACUGCCUGGCAGCUCGGGCCACCACCUGCACUCAGUGUAUCCAGUCUGGGAAGGACUGCUCUUACUGUGCUGAUGAGGAAUUUAAACAGCCAAGAUGUGAUCUUUACAAUAACCUGGAUGCAGCAAGAUGCCAGAUGAUUAUGAGAGCUGAGAGUGAGAUAUCCGUCCAGAGAAACAUGAAGAUCCAGACCAGUCUGAAGCAGUCCCAGGUGGCCCCCCAGCUCAUGUCAAUGCGGCUGCAACCUGGCGAGGAGCAGGAGGUGGAGCUGCACGUCUUCGAGCCCCUGCAGGCCCCCCUGGACCUCUACAUCCUCAUGGACUUCUCCAACUCCAUGUCGGAUGAUCUGGACAACCUGAAGAAAAUGGGAGACAGCCUGGCUAACGUGGUGAGGAACUUGUCUGAAGACUUUACCAUUGGCUUUGGGAAGUUUGUAGACAAAGUCACAGAGCCCCAGACUGACAUGAGACCCCAAAAACUGAAGGAACCUUGGCCGAACAGCGACCCUCCCUUCUCUUUCAAGAAUGUCAUUCGCCUGACGGGUUCUUCCGAAACGUUCAGGAAAGAGCUGCAGAAGGAGCGCAUCUCUGGCAAUCUGGAUGCUCCAGAGGGUGGCUUUGAUGCCAUUCUGCAAACUGCUGUCUGCAAGAACCAGAUUGGCUGGCGUGACAACAGUACCCACUUGCUGGUCUUCUCCACUGAGUCAGCCUUCCACUACGAGGCGGAUGGUGGCAAUGUCUUGGCUGGCAUCCUUCCGCGGAAUGAUGAGGCCUGCCACCUUGAUCGCUUUGGCUCCUACACCCACGACACCCUGCAGGACUACCCUUCUGUGCCCACGCUGGUGCGCCUGCUGGGAAAGCACAACAUCAUCCCCAUCUUCGCUGUCACCAACUACUCAUACUCCUACUAUGAUAAGUUACAUCGCUACUUUCCUGUGUCAGAAAUUGGGGAGCUCAAGGAGGAUUCCAGUAAUAUCCUUGAUCUGUUACGGAAUGCCUUUCAGAAUAUUCGUUCCAAGAUCAGCAUCCGAGCAGAAGAUGUGCCUAGAGCCUUGAGCACAGAAAUCCUGUCCCAGAAGGCUCAAAUCACAGAAACUGGCACCUUCAGGAUCACACCCGGGGAAGAGGGCAUCUUCAAGGUCCGUGUGAAGGCACAGAAGGAGGUGGAGGGCACCCACGUGUGUCAGCUUUCCCAGCAAGAGAGGGAGGGCAGCCUGCGUGUCAAACCCACCACCUUCAACACUGCUCUCAACAUCAAUGCAGGCAUCGUGUGCAAGAAAUGCAACUGUGAAGAGACUCCUAUAAAAAAAGCAGUGCGGUGCAACAGGAAUGGGGAUCUGGUGUGUGGAGUGUGCACAUGUAACCCGGGCUGGAAGGGCCCGUACUGUAACUGCUCUGAGAGCAGCACCUCAGACGCCAGCAGCUGCAUCAAUCCCAAGACCAACAGGACGUGUUCUGACCGUGGGACAUGUGUGUGCGGUGUCUGCAUAUGCUUCAACUCUGAGAAAAACCCCCUGGAGACCUACGAGGGCAACUUCUGCGAGUUUGACAGCUCCCAGUGCCCACGGUUUGGAGGGUUCCUCUGCAACGGCCUUGGACGCUGUUUCAUGGGUCAGUGUGCCUGUGAUGAGGGCUGGGAAGGCUCGGCCUGCGAGUGUCCCAAGAGCAAUGAAACCUGCAUCGACAGCAAAGGAGGGAUCUGUAAUGGCAGAGGAACGUGUCAGUGUGGCCGCUGCAUAUGUGACGAUCCAGAGACAUUCCCUGGUGCUACAUGUGAGGCCAACUUUCAGGCGCGCCUUGGGCUGUGUGAGAACAAGCGGAGCUGCGUCCAGUGCCAGGCCUGGAAAACCGGCGAGCUGAAGGGAAAGAAGUGCGAAGGCUGUCCCUUCAAGAUCACCAUGGUGGACGAGCUGAAGAAAAAAGAGGAAGUGAUUGAGACCUGCAGUUUCCGGGAUGAGGAUGAUGACUGUACCUAUGAAUACACUGUGGACUAUCUCCCCAACUCAAAAAACCUCAGCGAUGUCCAGGUGCUGAAGAAAAAAGAGUGUCCCCCUGGAGGCUUCCUCUGGCUCAUCCCCCUCAUCAUGUUCCUCAUGCUGCUCCUGGGUCUGCUGCUCCUCUGCUGCUGGAAGUACUGUGCCUGCUGCAAGGCAUGCCUGGCUAUGCUUCCAUGCUGUGGGCGAGGACGCAUGGUGGGCUUCAAAGAAGACCAAUACAUGUUGCGACAGAGUCUCCUAACCUCUGACCACCUGGACACCCCACUGGUGCGGACUGGACCCCCCAAGAGCACUGAUGUGGUGCGCUGGAAAAUCAUGGAUAAUGUGCACCGCAGUGCCACUGCGCUCACACAGACCCUCAACUCCAAAGAGACCAUCCAGUAUCCUCUGUCCCUGCGCCUGACUCGUCUCUUCACAGACAGCCUGUCUAGGCCUGACGCCAGAGAGACGGACCUGUUGCGUAGGGAGGUGGAGGAGAAUCUUAAUGAUGUCUACAAGCAGAUUCCUGGAGUACAGAGGGUCCAAAAGACAAAAUUCAGACUCCAACCAAAUGCUGGUAAAAGGCAGGACCACACUGUUGUGGAUACAGUGCUUUCUGCACCACGGUCUGCCCAGCCUGAAAUCGUCAGGCUCACGGAGAGACAGGUGCAGUCUGGCAGGUUCAGCGACUUGAAGGUGGUGCCCAAUUACUACACCGUGGCUUCGGACAGAGACGCAACAGGAUUGGUGGAACUGCAGGAAGGGGUGGAGUCAGUGGAUGUGCGUGUGCCGCUCUUUGUCAAGGAUGAGGACGAUGACAAGAAACAGCUGAGGGUGGAGGCGCUAGAGGUGCCAUUGGGAAUUGCUGAGAUUGGACGCCGAUUUGUCAACAUCACCAUCAUCAAGGAACAGGCCAAGAGCAUCUUCACCUUCCUGCAGCCAUCCUACACCUACAGUCGUCAGGACAAGGUGGCCAACAUCCCUGUGAGCCGUGAGAUCAUUGAGGACGGGCACACCCAGGUCACCUACCGCACCCGGGACCUCACCGCCAAGGACCAGCGGGAUUAUGUAUUCACGGAAGGCGAGCUGACCUACCGGCCUGGAGAGACUCAAAAGACUGUGCCAGUGAAGCUGCUGGAGCUGACAGAGGCAGACUCCCUCCUGGGCGAGAAGCAGAUCAAGCAGUUUGUCAUGGACCUCAGCAACCCCCGGCAGGGCGCCAAACUGGGACGCUACCCACGUACCACUGUCACUAUCUCCGAUGAUCCCGAGCCCAGUGUGAUGAUGUUCAAGAAGAGCACCCAGGGCUUCACGACAGCUGACCAACUCUACACUAUCCCUGUGAUUCGAACCCGCAACCAAGAGGGCCCUGCCACGGUGUACUGGCGGACCCGCAAGGCUUCACGCUUUGAAAUGUCCAGCCCCUUAAAGUUUAGCCCUGGAGAAACAGAGAAGAACAUUGUGAUUGACCCGUGUAUGCACCCCGGGCCCAUUAAACCCGAGAUCUUCCAGCUAGAGCUGUUUGACCCCAGCGCCAAUGCGGUCAUCGGGGAGAGGAAGACCACUCUUGUGUCCGUCGUGGAGCCGAGUGAUGGUAGGCCCAAUGAGGUUCAGCUUUUCUCUCAGAAUCUCCAGUCUCCAGGAGGACGCCUUGGUGCCCCCACCAAAGUUACUGCCAAGGCCACUAGUGCCAAGAGUAUCCAUCUGAACUGGACCCCUCCUCCUGGCAAACCCAGCGGCUACAAGGUGAAGUACUGGAUCGAGGGUGACCCAGAGUCUGAUGCCCAGGUCAUUGAUUGCAAGAGCCCGCAGGCAGAUCUGACCGGCCUGUACCCCUACUGCGACUAUGAGAUGCGAGUGUGUAGCUACAACGCUCUGGGCGAGGGGCGUUACUCUGAUGUGGUGCAGUGCCAGACACUGGAGGACGUGCCGAGUGAGCCAGGUCGCCUGGCCUUCAAUGUCAUCAACCCGACUGUCACCCAGCUCAGCUGGGCAGAGCCUGCUGAGACCAAUGGUGACAUCACUGCCUAUGAGGUCACCUACACGCCCAUCAACGAGGACAGCAAGCCCAUGGGCCCCACAAAGAAGGUGAAGAUCGACAGCCCCAAGAAGCGCAUGUUACUUAUCGAGAACCUGCAGAAGUGCCAGACCUACUGCUACACUGUCAAGGCCCGCAACAAGGCUGGCUGGGGCCCCACCAGGGAGGCCACCAUUAACCUGGCCACGCAGCCCCCCAGACCCCUGUCCAUCCCAAUCAUCCCAGACAUCCCAAUUGUCGACGCUGAAGCGGGUGAAGGUUAUGACAGCUAUCUGAUGUACAGCUCUGACGUCAUGCGCUCUCCCGGGGGAAGCAAGCGCCCCAGCGUGUCCGACGAAGGCUCGCGGUGGAAGUUUGUCCAGCUGGUUGGCGAGGACUUGGACCUGCGCAAGGUGUCCUGGAGGCUGCCAGCUGAUGUCAUCCCCCAGCGGUACAGCUCUGGCACAGAGGGCAGCACCGGUGACGAGCUUCCGCGCCCCUGCCGGGCCAGGACCCCGCUCCCAAUGCAAGAGUUUGUCAAUGGGAAGUGGGAUCAGAGCUUCCUCUAUCCUGGAGGAGCGGGCUCUCUGACACGCAACAUCAGCACCACCAGCUACAAUCAGAGCUCCCUGAGCCCCAGUUUCCGCAGUCCGGGCGGCACUAUGACCAUGGAGACCACAACCACCUACCUGCCCGGUCAAGGGGGUUCGCUCACGCGCAGACAUGACGGGAUGGUCCAUGGAGGGCUCCGCACAGAGGAGGUGGUCCUCAGGAAGCGGUCCGAGACGAAGGGUUACUAUGACAACGAUGGUGUGCGAGACUCUAUUGUCAUGGUGGAUGAGCCUGGCGGAUUCUCAGACAGUCUAGGCAUUUCUGGGUACAGCAAGAAGGUGGUGAACUACAACAUCUCUCACAGCAUGAGAGGUCGGACUCAGUCUGAAGAUGUCAAUGAUGUCCUGCAGAAUCUGGACAUGGUGCUGCAAGACUCUAGGCUGCCCCCUGGUGUUCCUGACACGCCCACACGCCUGGUGUUCUCAGCUCUGGGCCCCACUGCCCUGAAGGUGAGCUGGCAGGAGCCGCAUUGCGAAAAGGAAGUGCUGGGCUACUGCGUGCUGUACCAGCUGCUUAAUGGAGGUGACGUGAAGAGGAUCGACGUGCCUAACCCGGCAGAGAACUCAGUGGUGGUGAAAGACUUGCUGCCCAACCACUCAUACAUCUUCAAAGUGAAGGCCCAUAGUGAGGAGGGCUGGGGACCCGAGAGGGAGGGUGUCAUCACCAUUGAGUCUGCGGUCGACCCCAAGAGUCCAUUAAGUCCUGUACCAGGCUCCCCCUUCACGUUAAGCACCCCAAGUGCCCCAGGCCCCCUGGUUUUCACAGCACUCAGCCCCGAGUCUCUGCAGCUGAGCUGGGAGAAGCCACGCAAGCCCAAUGGAAGCAUCCUUGGCUACAUGGUGACCUGCGAACAACUGAAUGGAGGGGGAGACGUUCGGACUUUCCAGGUGAACGGUGACACUGCUGAGACCAGUCUGACGGUGCCCAACCUCAGUGAGAACGUGCCCUACAAGUUCAAAGUGCAGGCCAGGACCACGCAGGGCUUUGGUCCUGAAAGAGAGGGCAUCAUCACCAUCGAAUCGCAGGAUGGAGGUAACUUCUCUCAGUUCAACAGCCAGCAGGUAAUGAGGAGAGAUGUCUUCAACAUGCCUGGGGAAGUCACCACCAGGACCACCCACACAAUGCUCAAUGACCCCUACUUCUCAGACGGCAUGAUGAUGACCACGCAGCGCAUGGAGACCAGUGGCACAGUGACCAGACAGAUGACCAAAGAGGUGGUGAGCAGGAGCAUGGUCUCUGGGACAAGCAUGACCAAGAGAGUGGAGAACUUCUAUGAGGCUUGAAGCCAGAUUGGACAAACAGCUGGGGAACCACAGAUUCACUCUGCCCUAAAGACAUUACAGUAAUGCGGCCUUCUUAAAGCUAUUCUCCUAAUCUGUUACAUGCUAUUACCAUGGCUCUGGACACGGCUCAGCAAUGGGAGAUUUGUGUCCCCCAACUUUUUUUUCCUCCCCUCCUUUUAAACUAGGAAGGUAAUGGUUUUGACAGUGGCCUGGAAGAGCUACACCAAAAUAAAUCUGCAACCUCAUGUCUAGCCACAGUUUAUCUGAAUUGCACUGGACCUGCAUGGGAAACGGAGAAAAAGUUCCAAGUUUUUUUAAGUGUAGCUGCAUACGAGUGUAGCGUGAGCUCAUGUUUGGUGGAAGUGGGCCUGUGAAUCCGGUCAGGCUUUGUGCCAAUGAACUCACAGGUUGGGGGCUUCUACUAAUUGGUCACAAAAUGCCUACUUUCAAUUGUUUGCUCUGACAUGCAAGCUUCCCUGGCUACAGUUCACUGCUAAUUGCAGCACCAGUAUGGUGAACUCACAUAUAUCUAAACACUGCUGAUCUUGAUAGACACGCUAAAGCACUUGGUAUUAAAAGCAAAAGUAAAGCACAGCACUUAAUCCUCUUUUGAGAUACCCUUGAAUGAAACAUUCACCAUCAACCCCGAUCAAAAUACAACAGUUAGGAAAUAUCAUGUGUAUGGCCAAACAUUCCAAAGGUUUUUUGCGUGAAGGCCAAAUUCUCAAAUUGAGAAUUUUAUAUCAUGAAAGUUAAGAGUUGUACUGUAUACAUAAAAUAAUUUAACAGUAUUGUUUAUAAAAGGAUUGAUAGGGCUAAUAAUUACAAGAUUGUAGUGCAAAGGCCUAAGAUCAGUUAUUAUAACGAUCAAGAGAUCUUUUAUUACAGUUAAUCCUGAGAUGUUAGAAUAAGAAUAAUCCAAACAAUUCAAUUUUUAGCAAUGUCUUUUUUUAGACAUCCAAUGCAUCAAAUGUCUGUAACUUUGAAUAAACCUUUUUAUUAAAAGGGGAAUCCUUCCUACGAUGUGGUAUUAUAGAAGUCUGAUUUUAUUUUAGGCUUCCAGUUUUUUUUCAGAGUAACUUUUAUAUUUCCAAACAGAAUUCAAAAAGUGCCUUUCAAAAACCAGAAUUGAAAAUAAUGACAAAAUAAAAUUAUUCCUGCAUUUGUUUCCCUUUGUAUAUAAGGUCAAAUGCUUCUAUACCAAUGUACAGCCAAAUGCGGAGGCCAAAAAUCUUUUUUUGUAAUAUUAGUUUGCUUUGGCCGAUUUCUUAUUUUUAUAUAUCUUUGGGUGCUUGGACUGUGUUCUUAAUAGAGUAGGAUUUAACUUAUUUUUUUACCAUCAUUUUGUACUAACACCUUUUAUACGCUGUUCCAAUUCUGUAGUCUGUCAGUUGCAUUGUGUCCAAUAUUAAUAAUCAAUAUAUAAAUGUGCCAUUUAUAUAGACCUGGACUCUAAUGUAACAUUCAGCUUGCAUGGUACUUGAAAACAAUAACUUUGUCAAACAUGUUUCAGACAUAAGAUUGUAUACUUUUUCAUUGCUUUUGUAACAUUGGUUUUUGGUACCUCACUAAAAUUUGGUAGUGAUGCAUGACAGUGUGGAGACAUCAGUGGUAUAGAUUCAUAACUUUAGAAUAAGAAGACCACUUUCAUUGCAAAUAUAAGGCAAAGUCCAGCUUCUGGUUUUCAAUGGAAGGAUUCAGGCUCCUCAUUUAAAUUUCCAUUUAGACAAAUAUUUAUAGCCGUACCAACAUUUUAUAGGUGCCAAAACUAUUUUUUUUUACAAUAAGAUUUAUAUAUUCUACCCUAUUACCUUAGUUGAUACACACUGGCUUUGGUUUUCAUUAAGUAUAUCUUAUGUACUGCACUUAAUAAAAAUGAUUAUAUAUACA